AUAACAAUGACUUUCAUUCCAUCGGCUCAUGCCACGGAGCUAUUACCUACGCUGGUUAGAAAUGCCAAGCUCUCUAGAGAAGAAGACAAACAGUUAGAUGCUCAAGAGAAUCAUGGAGAUAUGAACCUUGCUAUCACCAAAUGCAGUGGGGAGACAAAAGCCAAUUUGGCUGGAGUAAUUACUCGCUACGUGGAAACUCUAAAUCAGUACAAUUUGCGCAACUUGGGCUAUCCAACUAAUCAGAAUUUCAACUAUGAUGCAUUAGCACCGUUGCUUCAUUUUCACCUCAACAAUGCUGGUGACCCUUUUCUAGGGAGCAGUUUUUCUCUAAAUUCAACAGCAUUUGAAGUUUGCGUUCUUGAUUGGUUUGCAAACCUUUGGGAGAUAGAGAAGGAUGAGUAUUGGGGAUACGUCACAACUGGUGGAACUGAAGGCAAUCUUCACGGGAUUUUAAUAGGGAGAGAACAAUUUCCAGAUGGGAUUAUUUAUACCUCCCAAGAUUCACAUUAUUCAAUAUUCAAAAUAGCAAGAAUGUAUCGAAUGCAGUGCGUGAAGGUUGGUACAUUCGUUUCUGGUAAGAUUGAUUGUGCUGAACUAAAGACUUUACUACUUGCUCACAAGGACAAGCCAGCCAUCAUCAAUCUAAACAUAGGUCUCCUCGUCUUUGACAACUACUUUUGUGCAAAUUGGACUACUAUGAAGGGAGGUAUCGAUGACCUUGAUCUAGUAAUUCAAACACUUGAGGAAUGUGGUUUUACUCGUGAUCGAUUCUACAUUCACUGUGACGGAGCACUAUUUGGAAUGAUGUUGCCUUUUAUUGAACGGGCACCAAGGAUUACCUUCAAGAAACCUAUUGGAAGUGUAGCCAUUUCUGGCCAUAAGUUUUUGGGGUGCCCAAUUCCUUGUGGUGUUUUAAUUACUCGUUUAGAGCACGUGAACGCUCUGACUAGAGAUGUUGAAAUCAUUGCUUCAAGGGAUGUCACAAUCACAGGUAGCCGUAGCGGGCAUGCUCCAAUCUUCCUCUGGUAUGCUCUUCAAGAAAGAGGUUUGAUAGGACUCAAGAAAGAAGUGCAGAUGUGUAUCAAGAAUGCACAUCAUUUAGUGGAUCAACUACGGGAUAGUGGCAUUGGUGCAAUGUUGAAUGAAUUUAGUAAUACUGUUGUCUUUGAAAGGCCUCUGGAUGAUGACUUUACGCGUAGCUGGAAUUUGGCAUGCACAGGAGAUAUUGCACAUGUGGUGGUGAUGCAACACAUUACCAUUGAAAUGCUGGGCUCCUUUGUCAGUGAAUUUCUUCAAAAACGAUCCAUUUGGUUCAAAGAUGGACGGUUUCAACCUCUAUGUAUUGCAAACAAUGUUGGUUCUGGAAAUUGUGCUUGUUCAAUGCACAAAACAUUAUCAUGA